AUGAGAUUUCUAAUAGUAAAUGGAUUCAAUGCUUCUACAUCUUGUGCUAAAGUGUUUGACUAUUUUAGGAAUAACAUUUAGAAUAUGAUAUCAAAAUAACGAGAAGUAGCAGAUACAGAGUGUGAGUAUCAUUUUCGAGAUCGCCAUUCUUUAGAUGAUUUUCUGUAUGAGCCCGAGACAAGUUUAAUCAGAAUGGAAUAUGGGUUGAAAUUUAAUUCUAUUGAUAUUGUCUUCAUUAUAGCUUCCCCAAAUUCAAGACCUUGGAAUCCAAAUAUGAGGAAGAUAAUCACUUUGAUUAGAAUGUGUUUGAAGACCAAGAAGCUAUUAUUCUGUACUUCAUUUGGUGCACAGGCUAUAGCUUACCUUUGUUCAACAAAUUUUUCAGUUCAUGCUUCCAUUACUAACAAUCAUGGGGAAGGUUGCAAAUUGGUGGAUUUUCCAAAAUAUACACUGUAAGCAUUGAAAAAUGGCCCUAAUGAAUACUUCUUGGAUUCCACCACUGGCGAUCUUUACUUUUACUGUAAAAUAACUGAUGAGUGGUUACCGAAAGCCAACAUAGGAUUGCACAAUAGAAGAGAUGCCAUGGAGUAUCAGUCGAUUGGCAAAUACAUUGUCAAAUCACCGACCUAUAAACCUAAAUAGAACAUGUUGGAAAAUCAAAGUGAAAUGAUGUGUUUAAUCAAAAAAUAAUUUUUGCAUCACUGGUUAUUUAGAGGAGUUGCCAUGGAGUUUGGCAUCACCUCUUAUAAUUAAUGGGAUAUCCAUGCAAUCACGUUUACCAACCCAGACAAAAAAUUCAACUCGUUGGCAGAGCAUAAUUUAAGAGGACCCUUAAUCAUUGAGAGUGACAAUAUAAUAGCAACGAUGUUCGAGUUGGAACCCAAAUAGAAGGAUACUGUAAAAAUAUUGCAGAAUUUUAUUGACAAUGCUGUGAAAAUGAUUAGAUUCAACAACAAUUAUAACCUUAUUAGCAUCACCAAUGAGAAGUACUUUUCAGGAAAUAAGGGAUUAGACAAUAUUGAGUUAGUGUUUUAAUAGAAAAAGAAGGUGGGCAAUUUGAAUCCUGAAGAUUUGUUAAAAAGAUAAUAGAAGAAUUUUAUGCAUGAAUAUAGGAAAUUACUGAACACAGCCAUCUAAGAAACAGAAAGAGAUAAGAUAUUUCAUGUUGGAUUCUCGGUCAAAAAGGAUAGAUUACCAGAUUUUGUAUAGCAAAAUAAUAUCCAGGAGAAGAAUUAUAAAGUGGUGAGACGAAAAUCAUUUCAAAUGAAAAAGGCUCACUUCUUAAGGCAACAGAGUUAGAUUAAUGUGGGAGGAGAUGAUGAUGAGUAGAUGAGGGAUUUGUUAGAGGAGGCUCCCAGAAAGCCUUUGCCAUUCCAACGUGUCGUAACGACUGCCAACAACAGUAAACGGAUAACCUCAAAAAAAAAUUCAAAUCCUAAGACACCAAAUACUAUUGAAAAUUAAGACAAUGAAUUCCAAGAGUUUGAAAUCAAGAUGAUCAAUAAUGGGUCUGUUAGAAAAAUGCUACAUCCUUCACUAGAUGAAGAAUUCUUAGGAUCAAAUAAGAUAUGGGUUCCAGGAUUCCUUUCGAAGGAUAAAAGCAAGAACAAUCACAUCAUUCACAGUCAGAGAGGCUAACACAAUCAGAAUAACAGAUUUCACACUGAUUCACUUGUCGGUUGA